AUGGCUCGUGGUCACGUGGUCGUUGCAGUGAGCCUGCUGUUUGGUGUAGCCACGGGCAAAAGUGAAAUCGCAGGAAAGGACAAAGUGAAUGUGUGGGACGUGAGCUUCUGGGUCCUCGUCGCGGCCCUGGUGUGCUACAUGGCCAAGCGAUUGGUCACGAUCUACGAUGCCUGCCAUCCCAACAAGGCCUACCGACACGACGAUUUCAAAUACGUCAACUUUUACACCCACCGUAUCAACAAGCCCAAAGCAUUACUAGCCAGUAGUACGUAA